GUUGAUUGGGUCGCAAGUUCUAACCUAAAUGAUGAAUGAUUAGGGGCGACCCUGAUCUAAAAGACACGUUAUGUCUUCGCGCAAAUAUGGAGAAUGGCUUGCUUCAACGGGAGUGUCGCCGUUGGCUCUGUCAACCAAACGCUUGCCUGAUUGUGUGAUGACUGGAUGCAAACUGCCCCCGGUCUCCCCUUGUGCCCGUAAGCGCAAGCAGGUGGGGCAUACGAACCGCUUCCAGCUAUCGCAUGCCUGCAGUGUGGCGGCCGAGGCCAGCGACUUGCUCGGUCAAGCACAGGUGCAGCGGUCGGCGCGUGUGGGAAUGAACGGUACCCUCCGGAGUAUAAGAACGGCUGACUUUCCAGUGCAUGGUCAAGACGGAUGCCCCUGCCAUGAAGUCUCUCUGCCACAGAUCGUGUCACCAGUCAGUGCGGCCAUGCCCACCCACUCUCGACCCUGUUCCAGCCCUCCGUCGUCACCCUCUGCCCUCAAGCCUGAGGACACUUUCUACUUGGUGUCACGCCAGAUUGUGGGCCAACCUCAACCAGACGCCGUUCUGGAAUGCUUGGGCAGCCAAUGGGAGAUGCACCUGCCUUACCUGAUCAAGUCAUCCACACUGACUGACCUGUACGCUUCCUGCCGAAAGCAGAGGCUGCCUUACCCUCCACCAGAGCCAGCAAGCAGUAAGAGUAGCGGCCGCAGAAGGACAGGACCCCAUAGCCGGCCUGAGAUGUGCCUGUCUCAAAAGAAGAGGAAGCCAAGGAAAUCCCCAGAGCCCAUAUUCAUGCAGCUGCCCAUCAGAGACCCUGCCAUCUCAAAAGAAGGCAAGUCCCUGACCCCUCCUGAAAUCUGA